UUUUUUUUUUUUUUUUUGUCGGCCUCUCUCUGUCUUUCUAAAAAAUAAAAAGUUUAUCUUCGCCUCCAUAAAAAAAGAGAAAAAAUAAAAAUAAGAAAGUGAACUUUUUUUCUGAAUCACACUUCCUUCCUUGAGAGGAAGAACUAUUGUCCUAAAGAUCAGAGCUGAACCGAGAUCUCUCUAGAGAUAGAGAGAAAAUGAGCAUGGCUAGUGAGGAAGCAGUCAAGCAAUUACGUACUUUGAUGGAAGAUGUUGAAGAUGAAUCACUGAGAGAGUCGUAUCGGAACAUACAUCAAGGGUAUCCCACAGAGACCUUGUUGCGCUUUCUUAAAGCCAGAGAUUUUAAUGUCCACAAAUCUCACAAAAUGUUGCUUGACUGCUUAGAAUGGAGGACUCAAAACGAGAUUGACAACAUACUCACCAAACCAAUCGUUCCUGUUGAGCUGUACAGAGGAAUCAGAGACUCUCAGCUUGUCGGUCUCUCUGGUUAUUCUAAGGAGGGUCUCCCUGUCAUUGCCAUUGGUGUGGGGCUUAGCACAUAUGACAAAGCCUCCGUUCACUACUAUGUACAGUCUCACAUUCAAAUGAAUGAGUACCGUGAUCGUGUCGUUUUGCCAUCUGCUACAAAGAAACAGGGACGACCUAUCUCCACUUGUUUGAAAAUUUUGGAUAUGUCUGGUCUAAAGCUUUCAGCUUUAAGUCAAAUUAAGUUAAUGACUACUAUAACCACAAUAGACGAUUUAAACUACCCAGAGAAGACGGAGACGUAUUAUAUAGUCAAUGUCCCCUACAUAUUUUCUGCUUGCUGGAAAACCAUAAAGCCUCUGCUGCAAGAGAGGACAAAGAAGAAGAUUCAAGUUCUCAAAGGCUGCGGUAAAGAUGAGUUGCUUAAGGUAAUGGACUAUGAGUCAUUGCCACAUUUCUGUAGAAGGGAAGGGUCUGGAUCUGGUAGGCACAUCUCAAAUGGAACAGAAGACAACUGUUUCUCUUUGGAUCACUCUUUCCACCAAGAGCUCUACAGUUAUGUGAAGCAACAGGCGCUGGUUAAAGGGCCGUCGAGUGCACCCAUCAGACAUGGUUCGGUCCACGUUAGGUUCCCUGAGCCGGCCACGGAAGGCACCAAGAUAUUCGAUACCUUAGAAUCUGAGUUCCAGAAGCUUGGAUGUGACCAGAAGGUCUGAUUUCUCCUCGCCUUAUAUUUGAUACAAGAAGCAGAGUUUUCUGUGGUUGUAAUAUGUCUAUGAGCAAGCAGCAGAGUAAUUUUAAGAUAAGAAUCAACCUCUACUUGUUGAGCAUCUCCAAGGACUGUAUUACUAGAUUUGUUUGCUUGCAUCAGGUAGGUGGAUGCAAGUUUUAUUGCAACAAAAAGAAAAGAAAAAACUCAAUUUCCUGUGUA